AUGGCCAGCUCCGUCGUUCUCCCCAACAGCAUUGCUCAACUCAUCAGAGACAUACAAGCUCUGGACAUCAAAUCGACUGAGAAGCUGGAAGUGAUGUGGGGACUACUGGACCGCUGGGUCCCUGGUGCCAAACUCAGGGCACGCUAUCUCGAGCACGCGGACAUCAUCAAAAGAGGAGCCCUGUUAGCCCUGUCCGCGCUCAAGGACGUUCAACCAGACUCGGACAGGAAAGGCAAACAUAAAGAAACCAGUGCGGUCCACACGGAGAAGCACAAGGCUCUGGUGCCAUAUGAGGUCCCAAACUCCCCGCGGGAGAGUUUUGAUAGAUUGGCUACAGGGUUGCUACCGCCAGCUAUAGAUCUCAACCAUGAAUUGACACAGCAAGAGGUUGAAGAAAUGACGUCGGAGGAAUUACAGGCCGCAGAGGCUCAUUAUAAUAGCUAUUGUGACCUUUUAGCCAAUCAUAUACACCGACUACGUAGUUGUCAAUCACAGCAAUAG